AUGAGCUCGUCGGUGGCUGGGGCGAGCGCAGGCGGCGGCGCUGGGGGACUGGGCGGCGGUGGCGGCGCAGGGGCAGGAGCGGGAAUCGGCGGCGGCGGUCCAUGUGGGGCGUGCAAGUUCCUGCGGCGCAAGUGCGUGAGCGGCUGCAUCUUCGCUCCCUACUUCGACUCGGAGCAGGGCGCGGCGCACUUCGCGGCGGUGCACAAGGUGUUCGGCGCUAGCAACGUGUCCAAGCUGCUGCUCCAGAUCCCGCCGCACAAGCGCCUGGACGCCGUCGUCACCGUCUGCUACGAGGCCCAGGCGCGCCUCCGCGACCCCAUCUACGGUUGCGUCUCCCACAUCUUCGCCCUCCAGCAACAGGUGGUGAACCUCCAGGCCGAACUCACCUACCUGCAAGGCCACCUGACCACGAUGGAGCUCCCAACACCACCACCAUUCGCCCCGCAGCCGCAGCCCCCGAUGCCGACGAACGCCGCCUUCUCCGUCUCCAACCUGCCGUUGUCAUCCAGCGUCCCAGCCACGGUCGACCUGUCAACCCUCUUGGACCCGCACAAUCAGUCCCAGCAGUGGGCCUUCCAGUUCCAGCAGCAACAGGUCCUGCAGCAACAGCAGCAGCUGCUUCAGCAGCAGCAGUAUAUGCAGAUGGGAGAGGGCUCUAGCAGGGUUGCUGGCGGCAGCAGCACCGCGGAUGGUGGUGACCUGCAAGCGCUGGCGAGGGAGCUCCUGGACAGGCAUGGCAUGGUGGCAGCGGGCUCGCCGCCCGAGCCACCGACGCCGGCCAUACAGUGAUGGAACACCAACCUUGCUAGGUGGACUGAUUGAUCAGGAAAGAAUUAUCCAUUCAUGCAUUACUUGCUGGAGUCAAGAGGAGAUCGAGUUGGAGAGUGAGGAAUUAAACCUGCUGAAUUUAAUUCCUGUGUGGUAAGGCGAGGUGAUCAAGGAGGAGAACGAAGACGAUGAUGAUGUGGGGGAGAUGGUAGGUAACAGGCAUCGCCCGGUUUUCGCGUACCAGCUUUGUUCUUGGCAGGGGGUGCAAGGGUGCCCACUUGCCCCUUUCUAUAUUGCCUGGGAGUCUGCUCCAAAGGAGGAAUGAAGCCUGGGGGAGAGUUCUUAGCUGUAGCCUAGCUAAUGUUAGCAUCUGUCACUGUUCCAUUGCAACAGUCCCAAUUAGAAUUAAACCUGAUCGAUCUAAUUGCUGUCAUACCUAGCUAGCUCUAGAUUCUUCUAUCUGCUCGUAGAUUGUUUCAUUUCUUAUCCCAAAUUAAAGACAUA